AUGGCUACAGAAGCCUAUUUUGGAGGCUUCCUCGUGGAAACGAACUUAUUGAAGACCUGCGUGCAGCCUGUGUUUCCCAAGGCUGCUUGCUCAGACUUCCGGUCCGUUGUCGCUGUUUGGGGGCUGGGGGACCUGGAGAGACCCAGGACGCUCCGGAAAUCCAGGCCCAACCGGGCGCGGCGCGGGGCGGGGCCGAGCGAAGAGGAGGGGCGCGGCCCGGGGAAGGGUGGUCGUUCGCACCGGUGCAGGCCCGGCGCAGGGCACCCGGAGGGCAGGAAGCGGGCCUCCCAAAGCGCCCCCAAGGCUCACGGCAGGUGGCGCCCCCGCCAGCCACACCGCGCCCCAGCUCUUGCUAAGCCGCCCAAGUUCGCGGCACCCUCUUCUCGUUUUACCAACCUGGGGCCUCCUCCAGCCCCGCCAGUGCGCACAGCUGAAGGUUCUUCUACUGGGCAUCGUUCACGUUCUUUGAAUUCUUGGAAAAAGGAAGGCGUGGCUGCGGUUUUCACCUGCCCCCUGUCAAGCGGGCAGAAGCUUUGGGGUUGUGAAAGUGUUCUCCCUGGACCCGGAAAACAUCAAAGUUGUGGACUUAAAACUUCUCGCUUCAGUGGACCAGCCCUGCUGCACCCGGAAAUUCUUCUUUGGUGUGGGAGUCCCCGCAGAGUGACCCUGUGCUUCUCAGACUCACCUUUGUGGUACCCACGGAGGCUGGCAGCAUCGUGGGCCAGCCCUGGCUCUCAGUGCUAACCAGAGCCUCGGUGACCUGGCUCGUGCCUGUGGAAGGCC